GUGCAGCACAUCUGUCUCACGUGUAUGUUUUCGGGACAACCAGGGAGGGAAGAAGAAAAAAGGAUACCAGAAAUUUAUGCUGCCGUACGUGUGUCCGUGCGAGAGAGGAGAUUAGUCGGAGCUGGAUGUUUCAUAACAUAACGUCGUAGCCGUCGUGUUCUCCGGUGCUGGCGUGCGCGAGGUCCUGCUGCUACACCACGAGCGAAGCUGCACUUUUUUUUUCGGUGUGUGUCUCUACAUCUAUUGAUGUGGUACUGAAGUGGGCGAUAAAACCAGGGGGUGACAGGACCCUUGUUCAAGGAAGAAAGCAGAUUUUCUGAUUCGGGUGUGCUUUCGAGUGAACGUGUGAAAAGCGUAAUUGAUACGACAUCAUCGGAUGAAAAAGCCGCCGCCGUUGAAUUUGCGGUCCAAGCCGUGUGAAUUGGAGCGUGUCGCAAGAAGGAUGUUCCAUGUUUAUUCAUUUUUUUUCUUCUGUGUGGAGAGCCGAUUAACCCGCGCGCUGGCUGCUGUGGUUUUUGUGGUAUCGCCAAAGUGAGAGAUUAAAGUGCGGAGUUGGGAAGAAUAUUCUUGUGCGGUUUUAUUAGCGGUUUAGCUCCAGGUCAGGAGGUUAAUUUUUGUGUCGUCUUACGAGCAAUGAAAAUCCCGAACGUGUGCAAGGGCGUGAUUCGUCUGUGAAGCCUUGCCCGAAACGUGCCAAUUUAGGUGCCAACAGUAGCGGAAAGGAUUCCUUUUCAAGGAAAAAAGGGUCCUUUGUGAAAGGAGGGUGGAAACGGUAGCAGACCCACCCAUUGCUCCAAGCGAUUCAACCCACCUGCAGCCGUUUUGUACCAAGCAAGGAAACCAAGCAAACACACAGAUCACCACGGCUGAAAAAUGACUCUCAUCAUGUCAUGGCUGUUCAUUCUGGCGCUGAUUGUACCAGACCUGUCAUCCAGUCUUCUCCACUGUCCCCAUCGGUGCCACUGCGACGACGAAAAGCUCGAUGUAAACUGCGAGGAAGGCCACCUGGACGUAGUACCCAUAGCGUUGAAUCCCUCCAUCCAACGGUUGGUCAUCCGAAACAACAAGAUCCGAAUCAUUGACUCUUCGGUGCAGUUCUACUCGGAGUUGACGCUGCUGGAUUUGAGCUUCAACUAUCUGUUCAACAUCCCGGAUAGGACCUUUGCGAGGCAGAACAAGCUGCAGCAAUUGCAUUUGAACCACAAUAAGAUCAGCGUGGUUUCUAAUCGGACGUUUGUUGGAUUGGGUGACUUGCUGGUGCUCAACCUGAGGGGGAAUUUGAUAGAUCAAAUCGAAGCGAUGUCGUUCACACCGCUGGUCAAGCUGGAGGAGCUAAAUUUGGGUCAGAACAGGAUCACCACCGUUGGAUUAUCAGCGAAAGCGCUCGUGGGACUGAUGGAUUUGAAAAUAUUAUACCUGGACGACAAUCGAUUGGAGGUGAUUCCUACGGAAGAAACAUUCGAACCGGUGAAUAAGUUGGCGGAGUUGUACAUCGGGACGAACUCGUUGAAGGCUCUGCAGGAUGGAGCAUUCAGGGUACUCUCCGAGUUGACACUGCUGGAUCUGAGAAGCUCUCUGCUUAGCAAUGUUAGUGCUGGCACGUUUGCCGGAAUUGAAAACAUCAAAAGUCUUAAUCUUGCGGACAAUCGAUUCGAGAGAAUUCCUUCGCAAGCACUGAUGGUGUUGAAGCGGUUGGAAGAGCUAUCGGUUGGACAGAACUACUUUGAGACGGUAUCCGCAAACUCAUUUAGAGGAUUAUCGAACUUGAAACGAUUCGAGCUGCGGGGUUCGUUGUAUCUGAGGAAAAUCGAGAAAGCAGCCUUCCACACCAACACAAACCUGGAAAGCAUUGCAAUCGAAUCGAAUAAGGCACUGCACGAGCUGGAGGAAGCCACCUUUGCCGAGUUGCUGUUUCUAAAACAUCUCAGCCUGCGGAAUAACGGCUUCGAGCGUUUGGACGAGAACAUGUUUUCCUGGAACAGUUUGCGCACCCUGGACAUUUCGGAUAAUCCGAUAAAUUGUGAUUGCUACUAUUCGAAGUUGCUGCACCGGUUGCAGACGUCCAGCCGGAUUAGCUACAACGCAACCGGCUGCCCGCACCAUCUGCCGGACCAGUGGGAGUGCGAGUACAUUUUGGACAAGAACAAGAACCUGAUAUCGGUGCUGGUGCUGGCGGUGGCCAUCGUCACGGCCAUAGCCCUCACCUUCUACCGCUUCCGGGGUCUGCUGCGGGAGUACGUGCACAACGGGUGCAAGAACAAAGCGCCUCACCAUCAUCAUCAUCAUCAUGGAGGGGCUACCGGAGGUGGUGGUGGAGGCGGCGGUGGCAGCGGUGUGACCAUUCCGAGAACCGAUAUCAACAGUGUGGACUACGAAAAGGCCCUCACCGCCGAGGAUGAUUACGUGAUCCGGCAGAGCAAUUUGUACAGCAACCAGGUACAACCGAUUCUCAAUGGGUGCUAUCCGGCGUACAUGCAGCAGGAUAAUGUCUACUACAACAAGCCGCUCCCGAUUACCGAGUUAUAGUAUUGAAAGCUAGUCGAGUGUGAUGUCAGUUUGUAAAUUAAUUUGCGCUAAUCCCUUUCGCUUUCGGGCUCACUCUCUCUCUGUGUGUGUACCGGGAAUUUGUUCCAGCCCUCGUUUUCCGGACCGGACCGUGGCCGGGUGAGUGUUUUGGGGUAAAGUUUUUAUGCGAUCGAUACUCGGAGCUAGUCUAAACAGUUUGGCAAACGUUCCCGAGCAGGGAAGAAUUAGUGUAUUUUAAAGAACCUAAAUAUUUAAAUUGAUAAACUUUCAUGACAAUACACUGAAAAAAGUUUUCAAAUGGUUUCCAUUCGAUUUUUACAUGGAUUGUUUCUUGUAUGCGUUUUAACGAAGACCGCAGUAUCAAGAAGACUUGCAGCACUGCGUAAAAUAGAGAGUCACUGCUAGCAGCACCACCCCGGAUGAAGGUGGCACUAUUCAUGAUUUUUUCCUCAUCUGUAGAGCCUUUUAACCACUGCGUCCAUUAUUUAGGAAUAUUGUGGUACAUAUGACCCAUAUUUAAUUUGGUGCUAGUCAAGUAUCCUGUCACAAUUGAGCUGUGAUGGACAAUGGUUGAUGUAACACCUGAUCCCAACUAGGCACAGCUCGUUUUAUAAAGUUUAUUACCCUGUUGGGAUUACUUCUCCAAAUUUCCAAGGGCUCUAGAAACCCUUUACCAAAUAUCGCCAAUCUGUGAUGGUACAGCAGUCCGCAGUUGCAGAGUAAAUGCUCGGCAGUUUCGUUUUCCGUUUGACAGAAACGACACUCGGAGGAUUGGAUUUUUCCAAUCUUACUUAGAUGAUAUUUACUCGUGCAGUGGCCAGUGAUCAGACCAGUAAUUACCCUUAGUUCUCUUUUGUUUAGAUUCAGUAUGGGCCUGGCUUUUUCUCCACUGGGUUUUAUUAACCUUUUUGCUUGCUUGGAUGUAUCCGUGGCAUUCUAAUUAGAUUCUACCGUGGACAUUUCCCAAGUUUUUAGUUUCAUCCGAAGAGCACACUCAGGAACUCCACAGAAAGGUUCAGGGCCUACAAAGCUUGAAGCCGCACCCUGUCUAGCUAAAUUGUCGGCGUUUUCAUUUCCCAGAAUUCCACAAUGACCGGGCACCCAGUAUAAAGUUACCUCGUUCCUACUGGCCAAUUGCUUCAGAGAAAUAAUGCAUUCCCACACUAGCUUUGAUUGACACGUGAAAGCUUUUAGCGCAUUUAGAGCAGCCUGACUGUCCGAAAAAAUACAGAUCUUGGCAAACUUAUAAUUUCUUUUCAGACAAAUGUUGGCACACUCAAGAAUGGCUUGAAAUUCCGCUUGAAAUACAGUGGGACUGCAUCCCAUUGGUAUAGCCUUACUGAUACCGGGGCCAAAAACACCAGCCCCAGUAUUUUCUCCCAUCUUGGACCCGUCAGUAUAAAAUACAAUAGAACCUGGACGUAAACUUGGCCCACCAGCAUCCCAAACAUAGCGACAUGGUUUCACCACUUUGAAGGAAACAUCAUGGUUGGUCUUCGUUAUCAUCCAAUCUUCUACUGUUUUUAUGUUCCUGUUUAAUUUGAAGUCUUUGAUGAUCCUCAAAUGUCCAGCAAGAUCCCCGUCUAGAACUUUAUUGUAAAGUAUAAACUGCAGGGCACUUUUUGCCGCUUGUAGUUUAACAAAUUGAUGCAAUGGCAGUAAAUUAAGAAGGGCAUCCAAAGCAACUGAUGGAGUGCUUUUCAUUGCUACUGUCAUAGAUAUACAAGCAAGUCUUUGUACCAUACUUAGCUUCUUUUGACAGGUUAUCUCAUUUGUUUUGGACCACCAAACAUGUGAAGCAUAAGUAAUCUUGGGCCGGACUAUUGCAGCAUAGAUCCAGUGAAUCAUGUUAG